GGGUUUUUUUUAUAGUUUUUGUGCUAAGUUUGUAAAUACAUGGAAGUUUGCGGAGUUUCAUGAUGCCAUGAGUUAUGGAUCACGCAGUGUCCAACACGAUGAUCUCGUCUCACUGGUUCGCAAAGUGAAGUCGUGUGGAGACGCCAAAGAGCUCUCCCAGGCCAAAAGACUCCACUCUCGCAUUCGCAAAGGAGGGCAGAUCCACAACACGUACAUCUCCAAUCUCCUCAUCGAGAUGUACGGCAAAUGCGGGAGCUUGGAUCACGCCUUACGCGUGUUCGAAUCCCUGCCGUCUCCCAAUCUAUAUUCCUGGAAUAUCAUCAUCGAGGCAUAUGCCAGGAAUGGGCAUCUUGAAGAAGCAAGGGCACUGUUCCAAAAGGUACCACAAAGGGAGGUAGUAACGUGGAAUGCCAUACUUAAAGCAUAUUCGCAGACAAGGGAUAUAAAGAAAGUUGAGGAGAUUUUCAAUUGCAUGCCUGAAAGGAACGUGCAGACGUGGACGACAGUGCUUUCGGCAUAUGCCACAACAGGGAAUCUUGAGGAGUCUAGCUCCUUGUUUGCGAAUAUGCCUGAGAGGACACUGGUAUCUUGGAACGCUCUCUUGCAGGCCUACGCACAGCACGGGCAUUUGGUAGAGGCACGUCGCAUGUUCGAGUCGAUGCCAGAGAGAAGCGUGGUGACGUGGACAACGAUGCUGGUGGCGUAUGCCGAGACUGGGCAUCUGCAAGAAUCUCAGUGGCUCUUUGAGAGAAUGGACGACCGCGAUGUUGUUGCUUGGAACGCACUUUUAACUGCGAAUCUCAAGAAUGGCUGCUUGGAUCACGCAAUAGAAGUGUUCUACCGAAUGCCGGAGAGAGAUCUCACGUCUUGGAAUUUGAUGAUCGCCGCUUAUGCGCAGCGUGGUUACUUAAAGGAUGCUUUGCGGCUGUUUAACAAGAUGCCGCAGAGGAAUCUGGUAUCUUGGACGUGCAUGGUGGAGGCAUAUGCUCAAAACGGAAGCUUGUCAAAAGCAGAGGAGGUUUUUGACGGCAUCAAGGAGCCGGAUCUUUGUGCGUGGAACACGUUAAUUCAGGCAUACGCUCGGCUUGGGCAUAUCCAAGAAUGUACCACUUUGUUUGAUAAGAUGGUGGAGCGGGAUUUAGUAACUUGGACAAGCAUAGUGGGUUGCUAUGCCGAGUACGGACACUUCGAGCAAGCAAAAGGCCUGUUUGAUUGCAUGCCACAGUACGACAUUGUUUCGUGGAACACUAUGAUUGCGGCUUAUGCCCAGCAAGGCUAUGUUUCUGAAACUAAAAGUUUGUUUGAUGAGCUUAGAUGGAAAGACUCGGUUACAUGGAAUUCUAUAGUCACAUCGUGUGGUAAGUCUGGAAUUCUUAGUGCUGCUAGCAGAUGCUUCCAAUCCAUGCCUCUGAGAAACACGGUGUCAUGGAAUGCAAUGAUCCAAGCAUAUGCCCAGAAUGGGCACUUUGUAAUAGCUCUGGAAACGUUUGGCGAGAUGCAGUGCGAGGGCUUGAGACCCGAUGAGGUCUCAUUCUCGAGCGUUCUCGCGGCUUGCAGCAGGCUGGGCUCCGUGGAGACAAUCAAGCGAUACUUCUCCGCGAUGAUCUUGGAGCACAACAUAACGCCGGGGAUCCACCACUACCACUGCGUGAUGGACGCUCUUGGGCGAUCGGGGCUCGUCGCAAAGGCCCAGGAACUUCUCAAAGACAUGCCAUUCCCAGCACAGGACGCCGGCUCCACGAUCCUGCUGAGCGCUUUCAGGACUCACGGACGACCGACGAGCGCCAAGGUGGGAGGCUUUGACUCGCAAGAUUCGGCCCCAUAUGUGCUAUUGUCCAGCAUAUGAUCGCUAGCAUCAAAUACUUUUACUGUGGUUCUCCUUCUGGCAAGCUUUAUACAUUACGACACCAUCACGGGUUUUUUUUGACCAUUCGCGAUUACUUUCAUGAUCUAGCAGCAGCAUUUGUCUGGGAGGGUGGCAAAAUGAUAGGAGGAGUCCCUGAUAUGAAUGAUAAACGGACGAGACCACAGCUUUGCGGUACAGCCAACGACGUUUUGAUUCGUCCUCUGUGUGGAAAAGUCUGGGCCCCUUCAGCCCAGCAACGGUGUUCGAAAGAAUGUUGAUAUCGAGAACUCCUACCUAGCAAACAGCAAAUCGAUUGGAAAAUCACUGUAAAAAUUGUGAGUGUGUGUUUGGUUGGGUUGGAAAAGCAAGCGGGAAUCAUAAAGUACAACACUUGUCGUGCCACUUGCACGCCAAUAACUAAUGGAAUAAUUUGCCACCCACGCGUGAUCACAAGCUAGAUUGUUCUCUCUAUUAUCUCUUCAGCGUUUCUGACGAGAGAUUUGUAGGUUUGCGCCUAUUGUGAUUCACAACUGUGGCGUGAUCUUUGAUCCGGUGGGAGCGAGAGAAAAAGAAAGGCGUGUAUAUCUGGGAAAGAAAAGAAAAACAAAACUUUGGAUUGCA